CAAUUAGCCCAUAAUCUUUAAAAAAUUCAAAAUGAGCAAAAUUAUAAAAUAAAGUCUGAACAGAAAACUAAAAUGUAUUUAUUCGGCCCACAUGUCUGAUGAGAACCUGGAGUUUGUUCGAUAAAUGGCAGAACAAAGUUAGCACAAACAUCUCAUUAUUUCAGUGACCUACAGUACAGUAAGGGUAACAUUGCUUGCAGAGCAGAAUUAUCUUUUGCAUUAUCACCCCCUUGAACACACACAAACUGAACGCAUCCUUCGCUACAAUGCCUCGCUUCGUCAUUAUGCUAAUGAUCUUGGUGAUUUGGUUUUCUCAAACUGAAGGUCAAGAAAUCUAUCCUGCAAAGGUUUAUUCAGAUAAAUACAAAGGCAAGCUGAAGUUCACAUGCAGCACAUUUGGGCUGAAGAACACCCCACAGAACAACCAGUUCUAUAUUUACCUCUGUAGAAAUGGUAUUGCAAUAGACAUGAAAUCGGGUUGUCGAGAUGUUACAUUUUAUAUAGACGACAAUAGAAAGGACAACACAGGAAAUUAUAGUUGUGUCUUUUCAGUGCAUAAGCAUAACUUUGAUCAAGUGAUACAAAAUGGCAUAAAUUUUAUCUUCAUUACUACAAACGAUUCCUUCGUCCCGGCAGUGAUAGCCUUGUCUCAGACAAACGUAAUAACAGGAUCUGAUGUUGAAUUCCAGUGUACUUCUUUAAACUUACCUGAUAGGAUCCAGAAAGGCAACGUUUAUGCCGUUCUGUAUAAGAACAGCACUGUGAUUCAGAUGACUAUUUGGGACAUGACAAAGAACAAGGCAAGGUUUACUCUAAAAGAAGUCAGUAUACAAGAUGCUGGAACAUACAUCUGUUGUCUGAUGUCAGAGCCUUUCCAUUUUCCUAAAAAUGUACAUGGUGUCAAUGAAGUCAUCCUUCAUGUUACUGACUACAUUAAAGAAACUCUAAUAAUUACUGGUGGUGUCGUGUCUCUGCUGCUGAUUAUUUUGUGUCUUGGACUUGUCUCUAUGAGAAAGUUUCAAAAUCAAGUUGAUUGCUUUAAAGGCCACAGUGAAAGUCAUGACCCAAGAGAUGCAGAGAUGAACCAAGAUGAAGUGCAGACUGAACACAGCUCUGGUACAGAAUGGGAUCAAUCCUCCUCAAACAGUGAAAGUUCUUCAUAUGCAACUUAUCAGGUGUGAGAAGAGCAAUAACAACAAUGGCUACGACAGAAACUGCAGAAACUUCAGGACUAUUCUAUACUCUAUACUCUAUAUACUCUAUAAUGUUUCUUUUGUCCAAUAUUGUUGUCUGUUUUUUUUUUUACUUUUAAUAACGUUGGUGUUCAAAAUAAAUGAAACAUGCUGAUGUUCGUAUCCAUUUCUGUGACGUUACGUUACUAUAAACUUAGUUUCCGUCACACUCCUAUACACACACACACACACACACACACACACACACACACACACACACAUAUACACA